CAACACUACGCGCCAGAGAUCGCACGGGAAAUAUUCUAACCGGUGGAAAAUUGUCACGGUUUUAUGUUACAUUUCCCCAAAAUACGAAUUAUUAGGCUGCAAAGAAAUGAAAGGGUUGCAAGUGCAUUGUCUUUACUUUCUUGUGUUAAAUGCAGUAUUUUAUGUGGCGUCUUUGGAAGAGGGUGACUCCAUUUCUACACUUGAUAAUUUCAUGGACAACUUCAAGGACUUGAUCCGAAACAACGAUGCCACCCCUCAUGCCUACGCCAAAUUCUCCCUCCGGAAGCCUUUGAUGCCGGAAGAUGACAUCUGCUACAUCAUCCCCGGCAACCCGGAAUCUCUCAAAGAAUGCACAUUCAACAGCACAUCCAAAACCUUCCUGGUGAUCCACGGCUGGACGGUGAGCGGCUUGUUUGAGAGCUGGGUGGCCAAGCUGGUUUCGGCGCUGUACAAAAGAGAGCAGGAAGCCAAUGUGAUCGUGGUGGACUGGCUGUACACAGCCCAGAACCACUAUCCAGUAGCUGCCCAGAACACCAAGAUGGUGGGACAAGAGAUUGCUCGCUUCAUUGACUGGCUGGAGGAGGCAACAAACAUCCCUCUUGAAAACCUCCAUCUCAUUGGCUACAGUCUGGGUGCUCAUGUUGCAGGAUUUGCUGGGAGCCACACCUCCAAUAAAGUGGGCAGAAUAACUGGUCUUGACCCAGCUGGUCCAGACUUCGAGGGGGAGCACGCUCACCGCCGCCUGUCCCCAGAUGAUGCCCACUUUGUGGAUGUUCUCCACACGUUCACGCGGGGCUCUCUGGGCUUAAGCAUCGGCAUCCAGCAGCCUGUAGGCCAUGUGGACAUCUACCCCAAUGGAGGCAGCUUCCAGCCAGGCUGCAAUCUGCAAAGCCCUCUGGAAACAAUAUCCAAACUUGGUCUCUUUGCUAUCAAUGAUGUUCCCAGGUGUUCCCACGAGCGCUCCAUCCACCUGUUCAUCGACUCCCUGGUCAACGAGCAGGAGGCCAGCAUGGCGUACCGCUGCGGGAGCAACGAUAUGUUCGACCGCGGAAUGUGCCUCCGCUGCCGCAAGAACCACUGUAACACCGUGGGCUACGAUAUCAGCAAGGUUCGCAAGACCCGUAGCGUCAAACUGUACACCAAGACCAGGGCCUCCAUGCCGUUCAGAGUCUAUCACUACCAGGUGAAGAUCCACUUCUUCAGCAAGGUGAACAGGUCUGAGAUGGAGCCUUCACUGACAGUCUCCCUGAUUGGAACCAAAGGAGAGGUUGAAGACCUCAAACUGACACUAAAGGAGAAGAUGACAUCCAAUAAGACCCAUUCCUUCCUGCUGGUAGCAGAGAAAGACAUUGGUGACCUCCUGAUGGUGAAGUUCAAGUGGGAGAAGUCUACUAGCUGGUCUCCCUCGUUCAUGCUCAACAUGGUGUCUUCCUGGUGGUCAGGUGACUCUGCGGAGUCUGAAGUGGAGGUCCACAAAAUACGCAUCAGAGUCGGAGAGACGCAAAAAAAGAUGGUAUUCUGCAUUAAAGAUCCUCAUGCUCUGAGCUUACAACAGGAAGUUACGUUUGUAAAAUGCAAGGACGAAUGGAGGACAACUUCAAAAAGAGUGAACCUGGGGAAGCACUGAACGUACGGAGCAACAGACGACUGUCCUCCUUCUGCAGCUUUUAGAGAAAUAAUUUAUACAGCUGUUAUUUAUUUUGUCUUUCAAACUAUACAAAGACAUUAUCACAUUGUGUCCAGAACUACAACUGUGUGUUAUUUAAAAAUGUAUGUGAAGUAUUUUUUUGUAAGUACUGCUUUUGUGGUGCAUCAACUACGGUGUGGUGCUGAAAGAUAGUAAAUGCCAUCAUCUUUGCUGAUUUUCUGGCAACCCCAAAGAGAUGGCUCUUAUACAAAGUCUUUGGUGCCUCUGAUUGAGAGAGACCCAUUGACCAGCUGAAUAGAGGCCUCGAGGUACCUGCAGUUCAAACCCCAUGUGUUUCCUUAAUUUAUGCUUAAAGCAUUCACCAUUGUCGUCCUCAAUACUAUGUGAUUGUAGGAUCGGACUAAGUGUGCCUUAAAAUAACUUGUCUUAACCUACUGUAUGUAUUUUUUUGUUAAUGGUGUACUUUUUAAAUUUUUAUUUGACUUCUAGUGAGUUGUUCCUUUUUUCUGGUCUUUGAGACUGUAAUAUUCAUGAGGUCUGAAAUGCACAUUAUUCUGAGAACAUUGAAUUUAGUCAAGCACUUGAGCAAUAAUGCAAUGGCUGCUAUUUUUAUACAGUAUAUUAAUUUGAAACCAGCAAUAGUGAGUCCUUUGCAGUAAAAUACGGUACAUAUCAGUGAGAACCAUUAUUUUUGUAGUUAUUACAAUGUUAUACAAUUAUAGCUUUUUUAAUCUUUUUUUCUUCAAUGAUUCAUAUGGAACUAUUACCUCUAGCACGUGCUUAUGUGACGUAUUUUGACUAACAUAUCCAUGGUUGCUGCUAAACUAUGACACAAAUAAUACUCAUUUAGCUGUGUAUGCCAUAUAGUUGUGACCAGGUAACUAAAACUCAAAGAAGUCAAUGAGUGGUUAUUGUGAAGUGCGCUGACAUCGGCAAUAGAAACAUGGUAGACUGUGCACAGUGGACUCUGCAUCAUAGUUCAAGUUACAGUUAAGAAUUGGCUAGUAAUAAUAUCUCAUUGUCAGACUAUUUUUUUAAACACCACUGAGUAGGCUAUUUAUAACUAAUAUUAUACAUUUAGAGACUGGUAUUGUAAUCAUUGUGACUUGUAUAAUUUCUGCCUGUUCCAUUGAGCCUGUCAAAGUGGUGGUGGUAUAAAGCUUUUGCACUGAAACCCAGAGGAAAGGGUUACUAAACCAGUUACUCACUAAGUGCACCAUGUGUAAAUAUCAUGUUAGCAUGUGAUUCUAUGGUAAAAUAUGACUAGAUAUAUUUUUUUUCCGUCUUAACUUUUUAAAUUAUAUCUGUAUACUGUAUAUACCUGUAAAUAUGUGACCAUAUACAUACUUUAAUAAAUUGGAACUGCUAUUUUGAA